CUAGGAUGCAAGGGAUGUACUAAGUUAUCUACAUUUUUAUUUAUAUGUUUCUCCAGACGUCCCUGAUGUGCCUAUUCGUAUUGCAUAGCACCAGUUAGCUGUUGGUUUUUGGGGAAAUAAAUACGCAAGAUAGCUAAAAAAAAAGAAAGACUACUCAGUGUGAAAAUAUUUUGUUCCUAUCAAUUUUUGGCAUUUAAAACAAGCAAGAAGUCAGAAUUUAUGGGCUGAUAUGAAUAUGGCUCUUUCGGAACUGAAGGAUGAGACGAAUGUCUGUAUGAAAAACGGAUUGAUUAUUAGCUUCAUAUUCUCACUCAGUCUAUCGGUUAAAGCAGAUGUAAUAACCCCUCGGCUUGGAUCAAAAUGUGCUUAUACAUUUAAUAAAAUAUACUGCUAUGGUGGAAAACUGGAAAAUAAACAGUACGAUAAUGACCUGUACAGUUUAAAUAUAAACAGUUUGUCAUCUGGGCCAGUAAGUGAUAUGAUUAGCAAAUGGGAAUUGGUUAUCGCAAACAAAAGCCCAGAUAUCCCUCAAGACGAAUACAGAUAUAAAAGCCAGUUUGUUCUUUUACCUGAUGGUUCAAUGUUUUUUGACGGUGGUUAUAAUGAGGAUAAUCCUCUUGUAGCUCAGAAUGUUACUUACAAUCCUCAGAAAAAUACAUGGACUGUAUUACCCGGUCCUGGCUUUAUUGAUAUUGAUAAUGGAGGCUAUAGACAAAUUCAUUCUGCUACUGCGGUAUAUAUUCCCAAUUACAAUAGAAUUGUAUUUUAUGGAGGAAUGCAACUAAAUGCUGUCCCAGGUUAUACCUACAGAGCGUAUGCAUAUGUACUUCCAAAUUUGACAUUUGAAACUACCUCAGAGCAACACCCUACAAAAAAACUUGUUGAAAGUAUUUAUGGACAUACCUUCAUCUUUAACCUGAACCUUGAUACGAGAGAAUGGGUCCAUCCAAGUACAACAAUUUUAACCAUACAAGACUUUUUACUUCUCAUUAGUGAUCAAACGGCUACCUAUCAUUCGGCCUCAAAAACAAUUAUUUACUUGGGAGGAAUCAGAAGAGAUGUAGCAACGCAUGUAAUCGGUAUGACGCAGAGUCCUGCCAAUAAUUGCAUAACUUUUAAUACUGAGAGUGGUGCAUGGAAAUCACAAGAAACAUUUGGAAUAAGGAAACCAACUGCUAGGUUCGGUCAUACCGCAACAAUGUUAAAUACAGGAGAUGAUAUUCUCAUGUAUGGAGUUUCUGCUGAUUAUUUAUAUACUGUGAAUUUGAUAACCUUCAAUUGGACAGUUUAUGAUAAUCCAUCAAACUCGAUAGGCCCAAGAGUCUUUCAUUCAGCUGUUCUUGUCAAUGACACAACUUUAUUUAUAAUGUUUGGCAGAAAAAAAUCAGAAACUGCUGACGCACUUGUUGCUUCAAAUGAUAUUAUGGUACUUAACGUAACAGACAUGUCUCUUCUUACAUCCCUGGACACCUAUCCUGCUCCCCUAAUUGGUGAUACUGUGACUAAUAAAACGAAUACAAAUGGCCAAGCUGAUGGUCGACUUGAUGGCCAAUCUGAUAGUCAAGCUAACAGUCAAUCCGACGCUGAUAAACAUAAGGGUCUCUCUGCUGGUGCUAUUACUGGGAUAGCGGUUGGUAGUGUGGCAGUGAUUGCUAUUAUAGUCUUAGCUGCAAUCUAUCGUAAAAAAACUAGGGCUAAAGAAGAGAAAACAGAGGAGAUUCAGGUUGAUUGGGAUGCCAUAGAGGGUGAGUAUAGAGAGGACCCACCAUACGGUGGGAAUUUUUUCGCGGGCUCUGCCAACAUGACCAGAACAGUUGUAACACCUAACGUAUACGAAAAAUCAAGUCAAUCUUACAAUGCCCACCCAAUAGCUUUGGCAGAUUCAAACAUAAUUAAACCUGAUCAGAAGGAUUUAAAAACACGACUCUAA